GAGUCUUGGCAUUAGGGUUCUUUUGAUUUUCCCAUGUGAAAGCGCCCCACCUCGCAUUCCAAUACCCCCUCUCCCUGCAUGUUUGUGAGCUUCGCCGGGUUGGUGUCGGUGGACAUCUGUGUGUGUGUGUCGUGCAGCAACUGGCAUGCUCCUGCAAGCUCCGCUUUUGUGAGUCUUAUGUGGUGUGAGAGGGGGAGUUGCGGCAUUGGUGAAGUCGCCGAAGCGUGUGACGACUCACAACGCGACGAGGAGGGUGAAGAUGCAGCUUGGAUAUACGAAGGGGGUGCUCGGCGGGGUUCGCAGGUUUGGGUAAAUGCUCGGAGGACCUCGCGGUAUAAGCUGCCAAAAGCACGUGUGCAGGUCAAAGGCGAGCAGAGUGGCAUGGAAUUCAGCGACACUUACAAGCAUUCGGGGCAUAUCCUCUUCUCUCCCGAUGCCAGGUUCCUCGCCGUAGCAGUUGACUACCGACUCGUCAUUCGAGAUGUGGCCUCUCUCAAGGUGGUGCAGUUAUACUCUUGCCUUGACAAAAUCAGCUAUGUGGAGUGGGCCCCAGACUCUGAAUACAUCUUGUGUGGCUUGUUCAAGAAAGCUAUGGUGCAAGCUUGGUCUGUCUCACAGCCUGAAUGGACUUGCAAAAUUGACGAUGGAGCAGCUGGUAUAACUCAUGCGAGAUGGAGCCCGGACAGUCGCCACAUCCUCACCACGUCCGACUUUCAGCUUCGACUGACGGUAUGGUCAUUGGUUAGCACAGCCUGUGUCCAUGUGCCGUGGCCGAAACAUGGCUCCCGGGCUGUUGCUUUCACGAAGGAUGGCAUGUUUGCCGCAAUUGCAACGAGGCGAGACUGCAGGGAUUACAUCAACAUGUUGGCGUGCCGAGGAUGGGAAUCAAUGGGAACUUUUGGAGCAGAUACCAUCGACUUGGCGGAUUUGGAAUGGUCACCAACUGACAGCAACAACAUAGCUGUGUGGGAUUCACCUCUUGAAUAUAAGGUGCUAAUAUAUUCUCCCGACGGGCGUUGUUUGUUCAAGUACUCAGCGUAUGGCAAUGGAUUGGGGUUGAAGACAGUAUCUUGGUCUCCAUGCGGCCAGUUUUUAGGGUGUGGUAGUUACGAUCAAGUAGUGCGUGCAUUAAAUCUCCUCACAUUCAAGCCAGUCGUUGAGUUCAGUCAUCCAUUCGCUGUGAAAGGACCUUCCAACGCUGUUGUCUUCAAGGAAAUUGAGGAACCCUAUAGCGUGCACAUGCAAUCUAUGCUCAUGAAUGGGUCUUCAGGAUUUGGUGAUCAACCGAGGGUGGGAGAUUCUCCUGGUGAUAAUCGGACAAGAGUACGCUACGCAGUAGCCGAAGUGCCGGUGUCGGUUCCAUCACAGAAGCCUGCACCUGACAAACCCAACCCAAAACAAGGCAUAGGUUUAAUGGCAUGGAGUGCAGGCAGCCAUUAUGUCUUCACCCGCAAUGACAACAUGCCGACUGCUCUCUGGAUCUGGGACAUAGCUCGACUAGAGCUCGCAGCGCUGCUCAUUCACAAGGAUCCAAUUCGGGCUGCCGCUUGGGAUCCAAUAUAUCCUCGCGUUGCCAUCUGCACAGGAACUCCUCAUUUGUAUAUGUGGACUCCAAGCGGUGCUGCUUGUGUGAACAUUCCCCUUAAUCAUUUUGUAGUGUCUGAUCUCAAGUGGAAUCCAGACGGCACAUCCUUAGUCCUGAAAGACCGCGAGGCCUUUUGCUGCACAUUCGUUCCCGUACUUUCAGAGUUGGAGGUUGAUGAUGUGGACUUCAAUGAUGAAGCAUCUUAAUUGACGAGUCAAGAAUUUAACUUUAAUAAGCAUAAUUACGUUGGUUUGAGUCAUUGUAAUGGUGAACUUAACAUCAUGUCUUUGUGAUUUGGUUACCGUAGCGCAGCUGAGGUUGUUCGAUCAAGGCACUACUAAUCCAUCACUUGUUAAACGGGCACCAAUGAAAAGCUUAUAAGAGUCGGACUCAUGUGUAUAAGAAGUUGAAGAGAUUGACUGUCACGCAACAGAAUCUGUCAUCCCGUAGAUACGGGACGUUUCAAUGUUGGGGCAACGUGCAAUUCAUCAAUGAAAUAUUUCUGAUUAAGCGAGAAUUAUCGCUUUCAGGAAAUUCUUCC